AUGCCCGAAUUCUUGACAGUUGUAGCACCUUUUGGUGCCAGAGGACUCUGUAACGCGGUGUGCGUGCCAGCCGAUGAGGAUAUGGCGUUAUUGCAUGGUUGUGCUGAAUGCUGCUGGCUGACGCUUCACGAUCUACUUUACAUUGUUGUUUUUCUCAUCAAUCUUUGUACAGAUUCAGACUUAAGUUUAAAUAAACCAAUGGAUUGUGCUGAAAUAAAGAUGAAGAAUAAAACUUUGAAAAGUGGCAUUUAUAAUAUUUGGCCUGUAAACAAAAUAAUCAAGACUUCGGUAAAUGUUUAUUGUGAUAUGGAAGAUGAUAAUGGAGGAUGGACAGUAAUCCAAAGACGGGGUGAUUUUGACAGUGCAAAAGACUACUUCUACCGUGACUGGGUUUCAUACAAAAAUGGAUUUGGAGACCUCACGAAAGAUUUUUGGCUCGGUAAUGAUAACACUUUUGCCUUGACGAAUGAAAGAAGCAAUCAAAUCAAAAUUACGUUAACUGACUGGGAAGGCAACACAACUUACGCUAUUUAUGAUGAGUUUUGGAUAGAUAAUGAAUAUCACAACUACACUGCCCAUGUAAUGGGAUACAGAGGAACGUCUGGUGAUUCUUUCUCUUACGUAAACGGUGUUCCAUUUAGUACCAAAGACAAAGAUAAUGAUAUUCUCGAAGGAAGCUGUGCUGUCACUUACAAAGGAGGUUGGUGGUAUAGAAAAUGUCACGCCUCCAACCUGAAUGGCUUUUACUUGAAAGGACCACAUGAAUCUCCUUCUAAUGGCAUAGAAUGGAAAGAAUUUAGAGGACUUUACUACUCAUUGAAAGAUACUGUAAUGAAAAUACGUUCCAUAGAUUACCAAACAACAGAAAAAGGCCAAACUGAUAUUACCCCAUAGUAGAGAAAAGCAUGCUUAAAACGUGGACAUAAAAAUUGUUUAAAAUUUCUAUUGAUGUCCCAGCAUUACGGAAAGAAUUGUGUGAUAUAAUCAAUGCUUUUGUUAUCAUUGUUAUU